UGUCAGCUUCCAGCCCACCGCCAUGUACAAGCUCGUGAUCUUCGCCGCCCUGGUGGCCGCCGCCGCCGCCGCCCCCGCCCCCGGCUACCUGGGCUCUCCCCUGGUCGCCGCCCCCGGCUACGUGGGCUCUACCCUGGUUGCCGCCCCCGGCAUCGCCACGUACGCCGCCGCCCCGCACGCCGUCGCCUACUCCGCCCCCGUGGCGAUCCCCGCCCCCGCGGUCUACGCCGCCCCCGCCCGCGUCGCCUACUCCGUGGAGCCCGUGGAGCAGCACGGCUACAAGAUCGUCUACUAGGCGCCGCCCCCAAGCAGCCCCCCCCCCCCCCCCGUCGCUCACGAGCUCUCACCCCUCGACAUCCUUGCAGGACGAGACGUGUACAUAAAAAACGUAUUUUCUGUGAAAAUCAGACGCUGCGCAAUAAAUAUGUUAAUUUAACCAAACAAGGUUUUCUUUCAUUUUCCUUUAUUUACGUUCUUAACUAUAACUAACAAGCUGGCUUCGUACGGGUCCAUAAAUUUACCACAAAAUAAUGAUUGUACGUGUAAAUCAGUGCAUGUGAUAGAAGUGAAACCUCUUUGGUAAUUCAAACCUAGACUCGCAAUUACAUAGUAAGAGGUAAAACGGCAGAAAUGGAAAGAGAUAGGAAGAGAG